AUGAAAUCGGGGAAAAGGUUUGGCUAUGAUAUGGGGUUGGAGGAUCGGAUCCUGUUGUCGUCACUCGGGCGGCGUGAAAGACGUUUGGAUCAAAAGAAAAUGACCCAGCUUAUGCAGCUUAUUCUCGAAAGAAAGAAAAAUCUAAACUCAACGUGCGUUUCAGCUAACGAAGAACUGUCUUCUUAUGCCGUACAAUUUACGAAGGUGCAAGUUAACAGCUCUUUCACGGUUGUGAAGAUAUGGUGGCUUUGCGACGAUGUAAAUGAUGAGAAGAUUGAAGACUGUCUGGAGCGCAACCGCCACUCUUUACGGAGAUCUUUGGCAGAGUCAGUAGGUGUGAACUGCCCUGAAUUGCAGUUUCUGCCUGACCGAUCUCUUUUAAUGGAAAAGGAAAUGGAGAGGCUGUUCCGGAUAGCUGACUAUGGCAUGGACUACCGAGCGGUUAGCCACACAGGACGAGUGCUAGGAGGCGUAAAAGAUGAAGAAUCAAAGAGCUCACUAAAAUCAGAUAUUGACCCGAAAAGUUGCGAUAAGAAAUAA